AUGUAUAAAACGAAUUCGGGUUUUUACGUUAUAGAUGUUUUACCGCUUCAUCAUGCUAGCAAGCGCCCUUUUCAUCUUGAAAGAAGGAUGAAAUCCAAAAAAUCUACUACUCACGUUCAUGGACAUGGACAUAAAAAAUUACCUCAGUGUGCUCCGGAUGAUGCUCGUAUUAAAAGGGAAGCUUUACUUGAGCAAAGACGUCUCAAAUUAGCACGUCAGACUUUGCAUGUUAAGGAAGUUUUAAUGAAACAACAUGAGCGUGCUCUUAAUGACUCUUUUACAAAGCGAUCUCAAAUUCAGCAGACUUUGCAAGUUGCUGAGAAAAACAGAAAUACUAUUUUGCAACGGUUAGUUGAACAAUGUGCUCAAGAAGUUGCUAGAUGUAAAGAAGUCGCUCGCCAACAACAAUUAAAAAUUCAAGAAGAAAUUGAUCGACGUCGUGCUGAUCUAGAACGUCGCCAGAAAGCAACUGCUGCUCGCCGUGCGAGACUUCUUUCCAUUUCUAAAUCACAUGUUCAAGCUAAUGGUUCUUCACCUAAUUAUACUCGAGAUGAAGCUGCUACUAUCAUUCAAACUAAUUGGCGUUACAAGCAUCUUAUUGGUGUUAUAAAGACUUACCGUAGUUUCGGUAUUUCGAUUCAUACCAUCAAAAAUAUGCCUUUUCGAGAUGCUGUUGGCUUAUUAAAGGAAAAUUCUGUCAUUCAAGCAACCAAUAAAUUUUUACAACGCGUGAGGAAAUCUUCCCCCAUUACUUUGGGUGUUAGUAAAUAUAAAAAUCCAGCAAGAGUAUUUUUGAGUGCUUACAUGAUCGUAGCACACACUAAAGAAAUUCUUGUUGAUGUUGGUCAUCAUGAAAAAACUCUCUUAAACUCAUCUGAGACUAUGUUAAAAGAACUUGAACAAUGGUUCACAGAAAUUGAUAAUGAUAAUUCUAAUAGAAUUUCUUAUAACAAUCUUCUUAGUUUCCUUUCAGCAUGGGAUACUUAUUAUAAAGAUUUUAAUACUUGGAAAUCAAAAGAUUCGGAAAAAUUAGCAAAUAAUCUUAUUACUCAUUAUAUGGAACUAGAGAAAUUAUGGAAUACUGUUAAAAAUCAGGCAAAUGCGGAAACUGAAUGGAGGAUGAACAUUGUUGAACAACAAGAAGAAAUUAGGCGUAAAAUACGCAAUUUAGGUGGUGACGAGGCGAUGGCUAAAUUGGAAAGAGUUCUUAGAAGAUUGAAAGCAAAAUUACCAAUCGUUGAUGGUGAAAAUGUUGACAUCACAGAUUCUGUUACUGGUGCUGUAAAUGAUCAAGAAAAUGAUCACAAGGAACAAGAUCCGGAUUUACCUCCGCGACAGUCUUUCGUACCGCAAACCUUAGCGGCAGACGGAUCCGUUGAACUAGCUAAUCCAAGCCCUCAAUCUAUAACCUCUUCAACUAAUACUUCAACUUCACACAACCAAUCUGCGGCAAAUGCUAAUCUUUACCAUAUUAUCCAGAGCCUAGGUGGAUCCCAAGUUAAUUCAGGGUUAACAAAUGAACAACUUGCUCACGAGAUUAUCAUCGAUCCGGAUUUCGAAUUGAAGCCUCCAAAAAUUUCCGAAUUAGAAGAACGUGUACGAAAUAUGGCUACUAAGGCUUUCUUUGAUUCUGUAAGAGCAGACUUUGAACAAGGACGGUAUGAGAGAUGGGUGCCCGAGCUUUUGUCUGAUGUUAAGCAGCGUCUUCUCGAUCUUGUUCCACCUACUUCUUCUUUACAUUCGUCUAUCAAUGAAGUUCUUGACAUUGAUUUGAUUACUCAACAAACAAAGGCGGGUGUUUAUAAUAUACAUAAUUGUAUUGUUUUUAUUACAAAUACAAUGCUUCAAAUAUGCGCACCUAUUCGUGAUGAAGAAAUUCAAGGACUUAAAGAUUUAAAUGAUCUUGCGGAAAUCUUUCAAAAGUUAUUAAAUAUUUUAGAUCAAAUGAGACUGGAUCUCGCUAAUUAUCGUGUCAAGGCAUUUAGGCCUUAUUUAAAGGAGCAUGCUAUUGAAUAUGAACGUCGCAAAUUUGAACUGGCUUUACAAUCCAAACGUAUAACACUUGAUUUAACAAAAUCAUGGAUUAAACAAACUGUUAAUUCCCUUUUGCGUACCAGAGCAGAGCGCAAUCCAGAAAAUAUUCAUUUGCCACAACAUCGACAUAAUUAUGGUAUUAAGUUUAACCAAGUAUUUAAUGAAUCCUUUGUCUCUUUCAUUUUUCAACCGUCAAUGAUUGACAAAAGCAACUGCCCUGAAACUCUUUUGCUUGAUAUUGAAAGACUCUGGAAUUAUCAGAAUGAAGGGCAGGCCAUCACUAUUGUGGCUGCUUUGUUAAUGCUUACUAAAAAUGUGGCAGGUGGAAAGGUUAAUAACGCUCCUGAUGAUCUUACAACCUUAAAGGAUACCCUCUUUGUUCUUCUGAUGGAUGGAGAUACGACAAUUGAUAACUUAACAGCUGAAAUUCUAUCAUAUUUCCCAUCAACUCUUUCAUCUGAAACUCAAACAUUAAUUAAAUCAAUGGUUUCCAAAACACUUUCGCAAUCUGACAAAGUGUUUUCCCUUUUGUCCCGCCGGAUUCAAAAUAUUAUGAAACAACAUCUUCAAACGGGGCAAUUUCCUAAAAAGGAAACUUUAACACAGCACGGAGUAAUUGCAGUUGCCAAAGAAUUAGAACAAUUAAGCCGAAAAAUUUGCAUUUUAGGAAGAUAUAACCGUGAAGUUUAUGCUUAUUGGUAUGAUACAAUUAUUCGUGAACAAUUACAAGAAGCUGGUGAAACCAAUAAAACAGAUAAAAAGCAAUCUGACAAAGGGAAAUCCAAAGAGAACGAAAAUUGA